AACGCAGCAUCGUGUCACGUGACAGCCUCAGUCAUGGCGUCCUCCAGGACGUCUGUGUUGUGUUCAGGCUCCGGGUUCUCCGGGUUCUCCUGGUGCUCCGGGUUCUCCGGGUUCUCCGGGUUCUCCGGGUUCUCCUGGUUCUCCGGGCUGUGGCCUCUGCUGUUCUUCUCUGUGUGUUUCCACUUUAAUCAGGUUCUGACCGAGGACACCCGGAGCUGCGAGGAGCUGCGGCUCGGACAGUAUUUGUGUAAUGGUCCAAAGAUCGAUGAAGCCACUCAGGAGCCAGAGAACUGCAGGGACACGACAGCGUGGGUGGAGUGUCUCCCUGCUCCCAACAUCAGCUGUCGACUCUCUAAUGGGACAGAGUUCAGGUUCAGUGGGAAGGAGGUGGGCUUCAACAAAACCAUCUCCUGCAGGAACGUGAGUGGUUAUUCCUACAAAGUGGCCGUGGCUCUGUCUCUGUUUCUGGGCUGGAUCGGAGCUGAUCGCUUCUACCUGGGAUAUCCUGCUUUAGGACUCUUGAAGUUCUGUACCGUUGGUUUCUGUGGAAUUGGCACAUUGAUUGACUUCAUACUGAUCGCCAUGCAGAUUGUGGGUCCAGCAGACGGAUCAAACUACAUUGUGGAUUAUUACGGUGCUCGGCUGACCCGCCUCUCCAUCACCAACCAGACGUACAGGAACCCUCACCGGUCGCUGUAAACGCACCAGGAACCCUGGAGUAAACAACCAAACCUUCUUCUUCUUAAUAUUCAUGGAUCAGAAACAACAGUGAGCAGGAGGUGAACCAAUGAACAAGCUCUGCUCUGAACAUGUGACCCACAAACGUGUCGGCUCUGUCGUCUCUAUAAAACAUGUAAAUUAAGACGAGCUCCUACAAUUAAAGAUCUCUCUCUCUC